CGCUGUGCAUAUUUGUAUGUGGCGCCCUCGGUGGCAGUUUUUAGCAAAAUCGUUAGUAAAAUAAACCGGAUUUACUUUGCCGUAGCAGUUGAAAGGUGAUAAAGUGGUGUUAAUAUUUCUGUUAUUUUCGACGAUAUUGAACGUUGGAAUUCAUUAAAUUCUUCGAUAACGUAGAAAUAAUAUUGAAAAUGAAUUCUCAAGGUCCGGAAGUACCAUUUACUGCAAGGAAUUCUCGAAUUCAGUGCUGUGUAGUUGGCUGUCACAAUGGAUAUUAUAAUACAGACAAUUCAAUAAAGUUUUAUAGUUUUCCGAAAAAGUGGUUCGAGAAAGAAAGGAGGCAGACAUGGAUCAACAGUGUGAGAAGAGUUAGUGCUGGUCCUAGUACUUCGAAAGAAUGGCAACCAAAGGAUUUCCAUAAGAUAUGCAGUGCACAUUUUGUAGGAAAUGUAAAGAGCAAUGAUCCUGAAAGCCCUUCUUAUAACCCAACCAUUUUUCCAGAGGGGUACAGAAAACUGGAUAACUCUUGUGAUAAAAUGGGAAGAUACAAAAGAAAAAUAGCUCGGUCUUCUAAAAAAAAAAAUGAAUAAGGAAGACUCAUCUGUUCAAUCUCAAACCAUAUGCGAUGAUGAAUUGAUGGAAGUUGAAGAAGGAAUGAAGGAAUUUUCAUGUCAAACUGAUCCAACUGAAUUAGAAGAUGAAAUCUUCUUAUUUGAAAGUAAUUUUAUUGGCCAAGGUGCAGGGGGAAUGUGUGAUGUUUCAACUCAAUGUAACAUUGUUGGUGAUGGUAAAAGAAAAUUAUUUCUACAGAAAGAUGACAAGUGUGUUGGUAAUGAUGAACCCAUUGACUGUAUAGGAUUUCAUGGUAUAAGAUCCUUGAAAACCGACGAGGAUUUAAACUGUCUAGCUGGAGUUUAUUUUGACCGAUUCAAUUUACUUUGCUCACUAUUGAACAACAGUCAUCAUGGAAACUUCAAGCUUAGUAUUGAGAAUAGAUUGUUGCUUUUUUUGAUUAAAAUCAAACUUGGCUUGUCAUUUGUAGCAUUAGGUGCUUUGUUUCAACUACACCAUACUAGUUGCUAUAGAAUUUUCUCUUCACUUUUGGAAGAAUUAGUACAAAAGACAAAAAACUUUAUAUUUUGGCCUUCUCGAGAUGUUGUUGAUAGUACUAUGCCAAAAGCAAUAAAAUUACUAUAUCCAAAGUGUAGAGCAAUUAUUGACUGCACAGAAAUCAAAAUACAACAGCCAAAGGGUGUUGAUCAAAGAAUUCACACCUAUUCUCAAUAUAAAUCCACCUUCACAGCAAAAUUUUUAAUUGCAAUUUCUCCAUCCGGUUUUAUUAGCUUCAUCUCAAAAUGCUAUGGUGGUAGAUCAUCAGAUACUUUCAUCACAAACGAUUGUGGAUUUCUCGAACUUUUAGAACCUAAUGAUGUUAUUUUGGCUGAUAAAGGUUUUCCACACAUUAAAUGCAA